ACGCCCUCACACACACGACACACUGAUUUGCACUGUCUCACUCUUCUCCUUCUCCAUCAGCACACCACCACCUUCAAUUUCACACACACACUCAAAAAUUGAACCCUUUCUUCCCCAACUUCUAGGGUUAGGGUUUCCACAUUAUCAUGUGAAACCCUACAAUCUCUUCUCUCCAUUUCCAAACCCUCCUUCACGAUCCACCCUUCCCUCCUCCGAUGGGCAAUUGCUGCAGAUCUCCGGCCGCCGUCGCCCGCGAGGACGUCAAAUCCACCUACUCCAACAACGAUCACGCAAAGCGCGCCGCCGACACCGCCGGCGGCAAACACAAAGCUCCGAUCACGGUGCUCGCCGGCGUGCCCAAAGAGAACAUUGAAGACCGCUACCUCGUCGACCGUGAACUCGGUCGUGGAGAGUUCGGCGUCACUUAUCUCUGCAUAGACCGCGACACACGAGAGCUUUUGGCCUGCAAGAGCAUCUCCAAACGGAAGCUCAGGACCGCCGUCGACGUCGAGGAUGUGCGCCGCGAAGUUGCUAUCAUGCGCCACCUUCCGAAGAGCCCUAGCAUCGUGUCGUUGAGGGAAGCGUGCGAAGACGACAAUGCCGUUCACCUCGUCAUGGAGCUCUGUGAGGGCGGUGAGCUCUUCGACCGGAUCGUCGCGCGUGGACACUACACGGAGCGCGCCGCGGCUGCAGUUACGCGAACCAUCGUCGAGGUCGUGCAGCUCUGCCACAAGCACGGUGUUAUUCACCGUGACCUUAAGCCGGAGAAUUUCUUGUUCGCUAACAAGAAGGAGAAUUCGCCUCUUAAGGCUAUUGAUUUUGGACUCUCCAUAUUUUUCAAGCCAGGUGAGAGGUUCUCAGAAAUUGUUGGAAGCCCAUAUUAUAUGGCUCCGGAGGUGCUCAAGCGGAAUUACGGACCAGAAAUAGAUAUAUGGAGUGCAGGAGUAAUUCUCUAUAUCUUAUUGUGUGGCGUUCCCCCUUUUUGGGCUGAAUCUGAGCAAGGAGUUGCACAGGCCAUUCUUCGAGGGCUUAUAGAUUUCAAACGGGAACCUUGGCCCAGUAUAUCUGAAAGUGCUAAAAGUCUUGUUAGGCAAAUGUUAGAACCAGACCCUAAGCUUCGGUUAACUGCCAAACAAGUUCUUGAGCAUCCCUGGCUUCAAAAUGCUAAGAAGGCUCCUAAUGUUCCUCUUGGAGAUGUUGUCAAGUCAAGGCUUAAGCAAUUUUCAAUGAUGAACAGAUUCAAAAGAAAAGCACUGAGGGUUAUUGCAGAUUUCUUGUCCAAUGAAGAAGUUGAAGACAUCAAAGAUAUGUUCAAGAAGAUGGAUAUUGAUAAUGAUGGUAUUGUUUCCAUUGAAGAACUAAAAGCUGGAUUUCGAAACUUUGGUUCCCAACUUGCUGAGUCUGAAGUUCAGAUGCUUAUUGAAGCUGUAGACAACAAUGGUAAGGGAACACUAGACUACGGAGAAUUUGUUGCUGUUUCCCUUCAUUUAAAAAGGAUGGCUAAUGAUGAGCAUCUUCGCAAGGCCUUUUCCUAUUUUGACAAGGAUGGGAAUGGAUAUAUUGAACCAGAUGAGCUACGGAAUGCCUUGAUGGAAGAUGGAACAGAUGACUGUACAGAUGUGGCAAAUGAUAUUUUCCAAGAAGUAGACACGGACAAGGAUGGACGUAUCAGCUAUGAUGAAUUUGUUGCUAUGAUGAAAACUGGAACAGAUUGGAGAAAAGCUUCUAGGCAUUACUCACGUGGGAGAUUCAAUAGCUUGAGCUUAAAGUUGAUGAAAGACGGUUCUUUAAACUUAGGAAAUGAGUAGUUGUCUGUGUUUGCCUAUAUUCGAUCUGUCUUUCCAAAUAGUGUAAUAUUCCUCCUACAUUCUGGAUUUGGCUUCUUUGUGAUGAUUAUUUGGUUCCUUGUUGGAUGGGGUCCUUUUCACCUGGUGCUGUGCGAGUCACAACGGAAUGGGUACGCCAAAUUAUACAUGCACUUUGUUACUUGUGUAAAACCUGGUGCCUUGGAGCCAAUGGUGUGACAUGUAUGAUUCCACUCGUUUAACCACUCCUGCCUUCUCUUCUGGUUUGACAAUGUUGAAUCAAAACUGUUUAGUGCAGUCAGAAUAUGUUUAUCAAAGUGCGAAUAUCUUCUAAUUUGUAUUCUGGACUUUUGGUCAUUCUAUUCUACCCACCACUGCUCCUGAUAUUCGCCAUAAAACAGUUUUCUCCAUUGUAUCUAAUGCCUGCUUACUCUGGGAUGCUGACAUUUUUGCUUGUCCAGUAUCACAGUCCUGUAAGACACGGUUAUUAAACACGGAACCAGUGCUAUUGGUGAAUUUAUGGGUACAUGUUGGCUACUUAAUUUUGAGAACUAGCAAGUACUAAGGGGGAGGCAGGUCCAUUGUAUCCUAAGACUUACACUGAAUGCUACUGGAAAGGUAUCACAUUCAAAAUAUUAAAAAAGAUGUAAGGUGUAAAGCAUGCUUUAUCAAUGCAACACUGAUGCGUGUCAUUGAAGUCUUCCCAUGGCUAGUGAUUAGGGCUAGCCUUGAAUAGGAGCUGGAAAUGGAUUAUCAAAAGAUUUGAUUCGUGGACCUUCAGAUUUUCAGGUGUUUAAUCCAUGACAACGAUAUAUUGUAAUGGGCUUAAAAGGUUUUAACUUUAAUAUAAAAAUAUUGUUUUU